AUGCUGAGCACGGAGGGCUUCGUGGGGGCGAGAGCUCUGGGUGAGGAAUCGCUGCAGAUGUGGGACCUCAACAAGCGCCUGGAGGCCUACCUGGCCCGCGUUAAGUACCUGGAGGAGGAGAAUGAGGGGCUGCGAGCUGAGAUCCAGAGCACCAAGGAGAGCCCGGCCGGGGACCCACGCAGAGCCAGGUACGAGGAGGAGCUGCGGUCGCUGCGGGAUGCGCUGCACCGCGCCUUCACCGAGAAGUGUGCGGCCGAGCUGGCCAGGGACAACCUGUACGAGGAGGUGCAGCAUGUGAGGAGCAGGUGCCAGAAGGAGCAGGCAGCCCGCGAGGAAGCCAAGAGGCAGCUGUCCUCCAGCAAGAAAGAGCUGGAGGAGGAGAGACGGGCGCAGAUCUGGCUGAAGGAGAGAGCUGUGCAGCUGGAGAAGGAGGUGGAAGCUCUGCUGGAGGUGCACGAGGAGGAGAAAGCGGGGCUGGACCAGGAGCUCGCCAGCUUCUCUCAGAGCCUGGAGGGCUUCCGUUGUGCUCCGGUGGCAUUCCAGCCCGUGGAGGUGGAGGACUACUCCAAGAGACUGUCAGAGAUCUGGAGAGGGGCGGUGGAGACCUACAAGGCGGAGGUGGCACAGCUGGAGCGUGCACUUGGCCAAGCCAAGGAGAACCUCUGGCAGGUGGCAGAAGACAACCAACAGAGCCAACUGCAGCUGCGGCACCUGGAAAAGGAGCUGGUGGGGCUGAAGGUGCGGAAGGAGAUGCUGGAGGAGAGCCUGGGCCAGCAGUGGCAGGAGCAGCAUGGAGAGGCUGAGAAGUUCCAGCUGGCCAUCGAGGCCCUGGAGCAGGAGAAGCAGAGCCUGCAGGUGCAGAUCGCCCAGGUGCUGGAGGACAGGCAGCAGCUCAUGCACCUCAAGAUGUCCCUCAGCCUGGAGGUGGCAACCUACAGAACACUGCUGGAAGCAGAGAGCACCCGGCUGCAGAUGCCUCCCGGGGAGUUCAAGCUGGCCAACAGCCUGCGAGAUGUCAAGCUGGAGGUGAGCACCAGCAAGCACCGUGCCAGCCUUGCUGCCUUCCCCCGGCCCGAGGGGGUGGCACAGCUGUGCAGAACCCCCGGUGAUGCCCUCAAGGCGCUGACUCCCAAAAACAAGAGCUCCAGUGCACAGGAGUUCCAGAAAAUCAACUCAGUCCUGCAGGCACCGAGGAGCUGGGAGCCUGCUGCCCCCAGUCACGCUGUCCCAGUGCUGUCCCCCGUGCCAGGCAGUGGGGGGGCAGAGAGCCCAGCCCAUGAGUGUGGGGCUGGUGAGGAGUCCCCCAUGCAGAGCCCACUGAGUCCUGAACAGCUGGUCAGCCACGCACUGCAGGAUGCUCUCAAGGAGAUGCAAGAUGACGCUGAGGCCAAAGAAGUGCCCAAAUUCAGUGCUACCCAGAGUACCAGGGAUGGGGAUCUUGAAGACCCCAUGGAGGAGGAGGCUGCAGGAGCCCAGGAGAUGGGUGUUGAGGGUGGUACCGUGUCCCCACCUGGGCUGUGUCUCUGCAGCAACGUGCCCACAUUGCUAAGUGCCACCCAGAGUGAUGCGGAGAGCCGGGAGGAGAAGUGGGAGGAGGAUAGGAGUAAAGAGGAGGAGAUGUUGAACGCACUGAGCUCCACGGAGAGCCAGGAGCCAGGGGGAGAGCCCUGGGGAGGAGACACAAAGGGGUCCAGGCUGGAAGUGGGCAAGGAGGACAUGGAGGCCACCAGCAUGGAGGCUCUGCAUGUCUCGGAGUACAAGGAGCAAAGGGAACUCUGGAGCCCUUCCAGAGAGGAUGAGGAAUGUGAGUUCCCAGAUCAGGAGAGGGAAAUGCGAGAAGAAGGGUCCCUGCAGACGGAAAUCGAAGCUGCUUGUGCUGUCCCUCUGGGGAGCCACCCAGUUUUGCCUGCGGGAAUCCACUUGCAAGAGGACUUUGUUGAAACAGAGCUGAAGUCUGAGCACCAGGAGAUGUCCCUGCGUGAGCUGGGUGCUGCUGCAGGGGACGAAAGGGAGCAGGAGGUGUGCCUGGAGAUGAGGGCCUCUAGCAUUGAAGGGGCUGUGCCAGCAGCAGAGGGCUCAUCAGGGUCUGAAGAAGACACUACAGGAAGGGAGAGCACAGGCAGAGCACAGGAUGAUGAGGGAGAGGAGGAAGAUAAAGGAAGGGAGGCAUUAGGGGGAGAAGACCCCCAGGCAGGGGAGGCUUUGGGAGCCAAAGAGAUAAGGCAGGAGAGCAUGGGCUUGGAGGAGGCUGAAGGCAUGUGGGAGGAAUCUGUGGACAUGUGGGAAGAACAUAGAGACACCCAGGAGGGACAUGGGGACCUACAGGAGGAGAAGGAGGACCUGGGGGAGGAACACAGGGACCUAGAGGAGGAGCAUGGGGACCUGCAGGAGUAUGGGGAACUACAGGAGGAGCAUGGGGACCUGCAGGUGGAGCAUGGGGACCUGCAGGUGGAGCAUGGGGACCUGCAGGAGGAAUACAGGGACCUGCAGGAGGAGCAUGGGAACCUGAAGGAGGAACAUGGGGACCUGCAGGUGGAGCAUGGGGACACCCAGGAGGAGCAUGGGGACCUGCAGGAGGAAUACAGGGACCUACAGGAGGAACAUGGGGACCUGCAGGUGGAGCAUGGGGACCUGCAGGAGGAGCAUGGGGACACCCAGGAGGAAUUCAGGGACCUACAGGAGGAGCAUGGGGACACCCAGGAGGAGCAUGGGGACCUGAAGGAGGAAUACAGGGACCUGCAGGAGGAACAUGGGGACCUGCAGGAGGAACAUGGGGACACCCAGGAGCAGCAUGGGGACACCCAGGAGCAGCAUGGGGACACCCAGGAGGAGCAUGGGGACCUGCAGGAGGAAUUCAGGGACCUGCAGGAGGAGCAUGGGGACCUGCAGGAGGAAUACAGGGACCUGCAGGAGGAACAUGGGGACCUGCAGGAGGAACAUGGGGACACCCAGGAGGAGCAUGGGGACACCCAGGAGGAGCAUGGGGACCUGAAGGAGGAGUACAGGGACCUACAGGAGGAGCAUGGGGACCUGCAGGAGGAAUUCAGGGACCUGCAGGAGGAACAUGGGGACACCCAAGAUGAACAUGGGGACACCCAGGAGGAGCAUGGGGACCUGCAGAAAGAGUAUGGGGACACCCAGGAGGAACAUAGGGACCUGCAGGAGGAAUAUGGAGACCUCCAGGAGGAACACAGGGACCUGCAGGAGGAACAUAGGGAUCUGCAGCAGGAGCAUGGGGACUUGUGGGAGGAACUUGAGGUCUUGAAGGAAGAACAGAAGGACCUGCAGGAGGAACAUAGGGAUCUGCAGGAGGGGUCUGGAGACCCUCAGGAGGAACCUGGGGAACCUUGGGUGCAGCGUGAGGAACAGGGCUCUGCAGAGGAUGGGCUGGAGCAGGAGAUGGUGCUGCAGCCAGGAGAGGGGGCAUGGGGCAGGGAAGAAAAUGACAUUGACCAAAAGCAGCAAGCACAGGACUGGGAAGAGACAGCGGAGGGUGAAGAGGAGACAGAAGUCAAAGCUGUCACAUCCCAAGAGCCAGCCCAGGUGGAUGACAACCCACACGCAGAGGCAGCAGAAAAUGAGGAGGGAGAUGUCACGUCACCAACAGCAACGGAGGAAGCUCACGAGGGUGAGGAUGACGGAGAUGCUGGGAGCGAGGUGAAAAGCCAGCAGCAGCCACAGGGCAUAGUAGGACAGGAGGCUGAGCCAGCCCCAGGGCAAGAGGAAAUCAGGUAUGAGGACACUGGGGAGGCACCAGGGGACCCACAGGAGCCAGCUGAGGCGCUGGAGGUGCAGGAUGAGGAGCUUAGCUCGGAGCCCAUUGAGAGAGGCAGCCCAGACACUGCAGUGCUGCAGCAGGAUCUGGGCAGUGGGGCAGAGAGUGAUGAGCCCAUGAAGGAGGACAUUCAGUCAGAGGAUGCUCAGUUGGAUGAGCCCAAGCUGUGCAGGAUGGAAUUAGAGGACACGCUGCUCAACAGCACGCCGCUAUGUGCACACAGCGGGGAGGUGCUGGAGUCUGAUCCAAACCCUCCAUCCAGUGGAGGGGAUGGGGAAACAGAACCUGAAAUGGCUCUGGAGGAGGAAGGGGAGCUGAAAGGGAGUGAUGAGGCAGCGGUUCAUGCAGAGCCAGAGAGCUGUGAGGAGUCAGGGAUGGAGCUGAGCUCUGCGCCAGAAUGCACCGAGGAGGAGGAAGGGUACUUCAUAGUUUCUGCUCCCAGCCAAGAGGGGUCCAGCAUCGAGGAAGCUGAGAACUCAGAGGAAUUUGAAGAAAUUAAAGUUGAAGCAGCAGAAGACAGAAAGGAUGAACUAACAGUGCCUGCAGAAGCCUCUCCAGUGCUAGAGGAUGAAGGGCACUUGGAGCCACUUGGGGGGGAAGCUGAAGAUGUGAAAAUGCCCACGGGAGAACUGGAGAUACCAAAGGAGGAGGAUGAGGAGGAUGCAGGGCGUUUGGCUGCUGAGCUGGAGGAAGGACUGGCUGUGUCCGUGGAUGAGGGGCUGUCUGAGGGGCACACUGAUAAGACCAUCCUGGGUGAUGAGGGCCUGGGGGAGGAGGACGUGCAGGGUAGUGACAACUCCCCAGCCCCUGAGACCUCCAACACUGACCCCUCCAACGCUGACCCAUCUCCAAGCACCAUGCUGGAGCACGGAUCUGGCAUGGAGGCAGCUGAAUAUCUCCCCGAUGUGCCCACACAGAUGCCAGUGGACAUCAUGAAGGACUCGGAUAUCCUGGAAAUAGUGGAGCAGGCCCUGGAGUUCAAUCAGGAGCUGGUACUGGGAGCCAAGCUAGCCAAGGAUGGGGAGGGGGAUGGUGAUACACAGCUCCCACAGGAGGAGGAAGGGGGGUCCUCACCCACUUCAUCCAGUGAUGAACAGCCAACGGUGCAGGAGGCGGUGGCAGAGCCGGAGCGCACCAAGAACGGGGAGCAGAAUGGGCUGCACCGGCAGGCCAGCCUGGAGGACCUGGCUGAGUUCACCGAGGAGGGGCUGAAUGGCAUCACCCACCCUGAGGAAGCCCCUGCUGCCCACACCCUGCCCCUGCCCAGCAAGCACAGUGGGGCUGAGCCUGUCCCUCCGCUGUCUCCGCUGCAGGACCAAGUCCUGCACCCAGAGCAGGAGCCCUGGUCCUCUGGGGAGGAGUGAUGGCGGUGGGACCCCCGCAGCCCCACGACAAUCGGACACCUCCCAUAGCACUGCCUACGUAGCACACCCGUUUCCCUUUGGUUUGUAACAUGUUUUGUGUGGGUUUUGCCUUGUUGAACGGAUGUCCGGCACACGGCAACGCAGCUGAGUGAGGGGCCGCAUCUUCACACCUCGGAGCAAGGAACCGAGCUCUUUCUCUGCCUCCAGAUCCCACACUUGUGCUGGUUUCAGCCUCAUUUUGUACCCCAGGUAUUUAAUUUAAAGGCUGCGUGUCUUCCUUCCCCAUUCAGCCCAGUCAGGUGCACGCAGUGUGAUUUCCAUACAGGCUCACCUUUGUGCUGCACACUGGGAUGUCCAUCCCCAACCCACCCAAUGCUCACAGAGCCGAGCCAUGCCGGAUGCAUCCGCUGCAUUGACACUAAGUUAAUAAAGCAUCGCCCUCCCACUCUGA